UACACCAUGAUAUUUAGCUUGUUGCUGAUGAUACAGUAGUAAGGAAUGAUGUCAUUCCUUGUUUUUUCAUCGGUUGUGUUUCUGCAGUAUACUAUUUACAUUUAAACUGAUAUUCGUCUACUAGAAUAAACCUUACCAGUAACACAAAAAGUGAGCCAAGAUGUGAUGAUACAAUUCAUCUAAGAGCUGAAGAGAAAGGCAACUGACAUCAAGAGUGUUGGGGGGUGGGGACAUUUCGGUAUUAAAAAAACUUACCUGUGUGAAAGCUUGUGCAUCCAAACAGUUUGAGUGAAUUAUUGUAUAAAUUGCUGUGAGAAGUAGAUCACAAAGGAAGAAUGGAGGAAACAGGACUUUCAAAAAGAGAUUUCAGCCAGCUGUUGGUGGAUUUUUCAAGUUGGUAUGAUGGACUUGGAUACAUCAAUAUGCUAAAAGUUUUGUACAACAAUAGAGAUCACGUGCCAAUUUAUAAUAAGUUAAAUGAGGCUACUAAGGUGAUGCCCUUGCUAAGUAUGUUAAUUGGUUCUGGGAGUUUGAGCCUAACAAAUCUCACUAUCCUUUAUGACACAUUAAAAGUUACUGGACAAUUUGGCUUCAAAUCCAGAAUUGUACUUCCAACUUUACAAACAAUCAAGGAACAUGAAGUGUCUAAAUUCUCAUGGUACAGACAGUUCCUCUUGAAGCUAGGAAUGACACUAACUGAUGAUGAUAUAGUAGCGCUUGAUGUACGAUAUAACAUGCCAGUGUUAAAGAAUUAUAAAGAUAGCUGGCAUUUGAUUAUGGAUCUAGAGCAAAGGAAUGAGCUUUGUGAAGAAAAAAUUGAUGAUUUCAUUGAAGGAUUACCAAGUGACAAAGCUCUGAAAGCUUUACUGGAACUUGAAGUGUACAAGAGAGCAGUCAGUAAGAAAGAGGGUGAAACAUACACAUCUUACUACAACCGUUUGAAAGAGAAUAUUAGACAGUCAAACAUGCAUAUAAGAAAGGAUGUUAGUGGUGAUGGGAACUGUUUUUUAUACUGCAUCCAAGAUCAAUUUGAGAGGCUGGGUUUACCAAAUCGAUCUAGUGCACAACUCAGGGCUGAUUUAGUUGACUACUUGCGACAUUUGGAUAAAGAAGAUCCAUUGAUUGCCCUUACAGAUGACAAAUAUCUAGAUGAAUUGAGUAAAGAUGGUACUUUUGUUGACGAGACAGCCAUAAGAGGGAUGUCACGAAUAUUAAAUCACAACUUCCAAAUAGUGACCAGUCAAAGAAAAAGCACAGAGCAGGGCUACUUGGUCACAACAAUUCAAGAAAGUUCAAACCCAGAUGGUGUAAUGUUAUUUGGUCAAAUUGGAGAGCUACACUAUAUAAGCUUAGGUGAUGAAGUUAGAUCAGAAGUAUCAGCAAGUCCAAUUUUAGAUAGGCCAAGUGUUAAGCAAG